GAUAUGGUGUUCUUUUUUGGUUCUUGCCACGAAGGGUUAUAAUCGCGGCAGGCGUGGUCUGAAAAUGUGAGAUUUUACCACUUGUUUGCUUCUUUUUCCUGGCUGAUUCUGAGCGGAAAUACCGGCCAACUUGGUAGUGGCUUUUCCUCCUUCACGAAGUAGAUCCUAUUUUUUAGCGUGUAUUAGUAAUUCCUCCAUCCAUUGUUGUAGACUCACACUCCUCUGUGGAGGUUACUAACAGAAAGUAACCAGAAGUCAUGUCCUCGAGUACCGAUGCAUCACCUGGUAAGAGACGCAAGGGCCGCUGGGGAAGUAAAGUGCCUGAAAAUACCAACUCUGGCACCGCCGCAGCACAGUCCUCGACAUCGGUACAGGAACGGUCACGAGGACCAGGUUGGUCUCAACAGUUUCCGACGAGUGAGCCUGUGGUCGACGUCGAGGUUGGAAUUGGAAAUGAACCUGUGGAAGAUCAUGACGAUGAAAACAAGAUCCAAGUAUUUGCUUCAUCGUCUGCUUCUGCCUCGCUUCGAUACCAAGAUGCUUCUGAGCUACAACAAAUAGUACGCUCUGAUGAGAACAAGAAGGUAUCCUCAAGUUCAACAAGUUGGAGUGCGAGAGUCGAAGCAGCUGCGUCACUGCCUCCACCAGCAAGGCCACCCCCAGAUGGCCACUACGGGUUCAUGGGGUUGAGAAAUUCCGAGAAAAAAGUCGAGAGGGAACCCGAAAUAGUCGUACUUCCAAAAAAUCUGAAGGCUACUUCCUCCACAAAUAGUUGUGCGUCGUGGUCCUCAGUAGAACAAGUAGGCCCGGAGUCUACAAACCCGGAGUACCUGACGGAUUUCGAAUUGCAUAGACUUACAGCGGCUCAGAGGAGAAAGAAAUUUGAAAAUGUUGAUGAUGGCAAUUGCGGAGCUGGUCAAACAAGCACUUCUGGGACGAUAUCAGGUAGAAGUGUUGCUGGUUCUUCUGCUAAAAAGGCGAAGCCAUCGAGAGAUAAUUUUUACAACGCAUAUAGUAGUAACAAAUACCAACAAGAAUUCAAAUUUGCGAUCCACCUGCAGAUUGCGGCUUUCGGGUGUGAUCCUGAGGAGAAGACAAGUGUUCAUGAUUGUUGA